CAUCUCUACUCCAGGGACUAAUUGCCUUUUUCCUCAAGAUCAAUUUUCCACACAGGGUGAUAACCAACUCUGAUAAAUGAUCUCAGUUGCAGGUGCAUUGUUAUGGAUUGUGUUGUGGUAUAACAAUCCAAUAAUCAGAGCUCCAGCAUUGCUGAUCAUGGGUGAGAUGGAUUAUUUCACAAAGUUCCCAGGGAUGGAGGACUACAAGAGAAGUGGGAUCUUGAAGUAGUUUGUUCCUGGUUGGACAUCGUCUUCGCGGUAGAUGGGGAUCAUUUUGUUCAAGAACAACUUCUAGCUCAUCAUAAUUUUCCUCAAAAAGACACAGCAGUUAAUUGAGGAUGGUUUAUGAAUAAAAGACCCAAUAUGUG